AUCAAGACCCUUCUGGUCACCUUUUUCUUCGUGUUCCUCACCCUCGACAACAAUGGGCGGCGGAGCAGAAAAAUCGUUCGCCUCAACGGCAGCCGGAGAUAUCACCACUCCAAAAGAUAGAGAAGAAGAUGUAAGCUUGACUGACUUAAAGAAAAGAAUGGCCGAUUUCGCAAAGGAAAGAGAUUGGGAUCAGUUUCAUAGUCCACGAAAUCUCCUCCUCGCACUGGUGGGGGAAGUGGGAGAGUUAUCAGAGAUAUUUCAAUGGAAAGGCGAGGUACCAAAAGGGCUUCCGGAUUGGAAAGAUGAAGAAAAACAACAUCUCGGGGAGGAAUUAUCAGAUGUGUUGUUAUAUCUAAUCAGGCUAUCGGAUAUUUGUGGUAUUGAUCUUGGGAAAGCUGCACUUAGAAAACUACAAGUCAACGCCAUUAAGUACCCGGUCAACCUUUCCAAGGGAUCUUCCAAAAAACAUAAUCAAAUCGUAAACAGCUCUUUUCCGGCCACCACAACCACCGCCAAUGGCGGCGGCAGCAGCAUAGAGGAUGGUGUUGGUGUAUCUCAUGAUGGUGUUUGAUCCUUUUGUUUUAUUUCUUGUUUUUACGGUUGACCUAAUGAAAUUUCUUUUAUAUGGUUUCUAAUUGUUUAAUCAAUUUUCAUUUAUAUGGUCCCUGUUUGUGUGGUUGCGGACAUUAUAUUGUUAUGUGGUCCUCUUUGUUUUAACUUUUUCUUCUAGAAUGUUUGGUUUUUAACUUCUUUCAACUGUUUCUUCUAUGGUCCCUGUUUGUGUGGUUGCGGAC